AUGACCGAUGUCACUGGAGAAUUGUAUAUCCGAGCAACUGCAACUAGCCCUGGUUUGACCACACCAUGGCUACGAACUGCAAAUCUAGUGAUAGUUGUGAUGGGGCUGUUACUGAGUACCAGCUCGCUUGCGAUGCGAAUCUAUACGAAGACGCUGGUAAUGAGGAAGUUUUGGUGGGAUGAUGAUGGUUACUGGCAUGGUGGAAUUGGAUUUCACAUCACGGAACUUGCCCCAACGACUAUAAUCAUCUUGGAAAAGGUUGUUUUAGCUGCGGCGAUUAUUUAUAUCCCGUGUCUCGCCUUCGCAAAGCUAGCCCUUCUUAUGCUGUACUACAGGCUGCUGAACACUUUUACAGGCUGGAAAUACACUCUCUACGUUCUCGCCUUUAUCAUUUCCGGAUAUAGCCUAGCACUCUCGCUAGCACUAAUAUUUGCAUGCAAUCCUCUUCAAAAAGGCUGGGAUGGAACGAUCCUGCGGGGCUCAUGCAUCAACAGACCAGCGGUGUACCUUGCCACAGCUAUCACCAAUACUGUCAGUGACAUCGUUUUGAUUCUGAUCCCAGUUAAGGUCGUGUGGGGACUUCGGAUGCGCCUCAUUCCAAAAUUAGGAGUGGCUGUGAUAUUUGGUAUCGGAUGCCUGUAA